GGCGGACGGCCAAAAGGGAGGAAAUGGGAGAAUGUACCGAGAUUGUAAGUCGCCGUUGCACGUGGAUUCCAGAUCCGCGGCUUGCGUUGACAAUCUGCUCUUCCCGAUUUGAGCUGUUGCGUGCGAUCAUCGGCUGGACGGCGUCGGAUGAGCGACACCCGACUGCUUUAGAUGACAGAAACUAACCUCGUCGGCAGUCACAUCCAUGAUGCACAUGCGAUCCUUCAAGCUCUGACGAUUCGCUCCAAUGCCUCCUCGCAA